ACAAGAACAGUAUGUUCCUGAUUCGGACUGUGGCACAGGUCUGACAGAACAACACUGUGUUAAAAACAUGGCUGAGGAGACUGUGUUAGCGGACACCGGACUGGCACAGCGUGCACUGAUAUUACUUGGUAUUCAUAGUCUCUUCUACAGCGUUUUCUAUUUCUUGGACAAGAAAGUAAGGUCAUGGUGGAGUGCCGACUGGUUACCCUCAUGGUGCCCAACAUCUAAGGACCAGUUGAAGCAGGCAGAAGAGAGGAUGCUGCAGAACAUCGCAAGCAAGCUCUGCAGGCAGUCUGUCCACAUUUCUGACAAAAACUCACUGUGGACAUUGAUAUCUAAGGGACCAGCAGAAAAUAAGACCCCUCUGGUGCUGCUGCAUGGAUUUGGGGGCGGUGUGGGACUCUGGGCAUUGAACCUAGACUCCCUUUCGCAACAGAGACCCGUUUACGCCUUUGACCUGCUGGGCUUUGGGCAGAGCAGCAGACCUCACUUCAACACAGAUGCCCAGGAGGCUGAGAUUCAGUUUGUGGAGUCCAUCGAACAGUGGAGGGAGAAACUUGGCCUGGAAAGUAUGGUUAUGGUGGGACAUAACCUAGGAGGAUAUCUGGCUGCUUCCUACGCAAUCACAUACCCAACCAGAGUAAAGCACCUGAUUCUGGUGGAACCGUGGGGUUUCCCAGAGCGACCCGAGCCAGGAAACCAAGACAGGCCGAUUCCAGUGUGGAUCAAAGCUAUAGGAGCAAUGCUGAGCCCAUUCAACCCGCUUGCUGGGCUCAGAUUGGCUGGACCUUUAGGUCCCACUCUUGUGCAAACACUGAGACCCGACUUCAAAAAGAAAUUUGCAACUAUGUUUGAUGACAACAGAGUCACAGAAUACAUCUACCAUCUUAAUGUCCAAAGUCCAAGUGGUGAAACAGCCUUUAAAAACAUGACCAUUCCAUAUGGCUGGGCAAAGAGGCCCAUGCUGCAGAGAAUUGGCCUGAUUCACGACGACAUCCCCAUUACCGUGAUCUAUGGCUCACGCUCCAGCAUAGAUGGCCACUCCGGCAAUUCAAUCAAAGAAAUGAGGCCAAACUCCCAUGUCGAGAUCAUUGUCAUACGAGGUGCCGGACACUAUGUUUAUGCUGACCAGCCUGAGGAUUUCAACCAGAAGAUACUUCAUGUCUGUGAUACAAUAAGCUGAAUAGGGAUGAAGGUAUAUUUUUCUUCUGGAACUAUCCAAACAGAGCUUAUGGUGUCUCCACAUUGGCUCAUGCAUGUCAACACAUGAUCUUCGUUGCAUAUGAAAUUUGGACUGGAGAUUUGGGAAGCCACUGGGUUUGAAAACCACAUGUUUUGCACCACUACUGGACUUUUUUGAAGCAUUUGUGUUUGUGUGUGUGUGUGUGUGUGUGUGUGUGUGUGUGUGUGUGUGUGUGUGUGUGUGUGUGUGUGCCAAUCAAUUGGGUCAUUUCAUGUCAGAUCAACAACAUUUCCAAAUAUUCCCUUACCGUACGUUCACACCGAAAGCGGCGAGAGACCCUGGCGACAACGCUGUCUGCCUUCAGCUCCGGCGGCGAGAGCGUCAAAACUCGCUACAUUGAUUUAAAGGAGCCGUUGCAGCAUA